AUGAUUGUUGAAGCGCCAUUGUAUUGGAACGAAGACGCUGAACGUUUUUUUGUUACCGGUCAAGUGAUUAAUUUACCUGCUAUUGCAAUUACUAUUGUAAUUACAAUUCUUCUUAUGAUUCGAAUUCGCCAAACAGCUAUAUAUGUCAAUCCCAAUAAUUAUCAUCCACUUUUUCUACCCAAUAAAGGUUCGUUUAGUGAAUAUGGAGUAACAGGCAUGCUACAAGCCUGUACUUAUGUUUUCUUUGCAUAUGUGGGUUUUGAUUCAGUUUCAACAGUUGCACAAGAAGCGAAGUCAUCACAAAGAUCGCUGCCAAUUGCCAUUAUUGGGUCAACAGUUGUUUCACUAUUACUUUAUAUUGGAAUAUGUACUGUCAUGGUUGGACUAGUUCCAUACGACAAAUUAAAUUCAGAUAGUCCUCUUUCUCAAGCAAUAAAAGCUACACCUUACGGUAUUUGGUUAUCAAUCCUUAUGGACUUGGGUGCUAUCGCUAGUCUCACAACUGUAGCAUUAAUUGUAAUGCUCUCACAAACUCGACUAUUUUAUGCAAUGGCUCAUGAUGGCUUGCUACCACCAAUCUUUGCUAGAAUUCAUUCUCAGACAACAACUCCAUGGGCUUCUAUAUUAAUUUGCGGUGUAUUUUGUGCUAUUUUUUCGGGUAUCUGUCCAGUAGAUAUUCUUGGUGAAACAACUUCAAUUAGUGCCCUAGUUACAUAUAUUUUCGUGCAUAUUACGGUUAUAGUCAUGCGCUAUACACAUAGAGAUAUGCAACGAUCAUUUCAAGUGCCAUUUGGUUCAUGGCUGAUUCCGACUAUAGGUACUUUACUUUGUAUACUUCUUAUGAAAGGUAUAACAAAAGCAACAGGUUUUCGAUUCCUUGUGUGGACAGCAUUAGGUCAAAUUAUUUAUUUUUCCUAUGGUUUUUGGCAUUCUAAACAACGAAAAUUAUUAAGAAAUGAAUUAAAUUUAAGUACGAUCGACCUUGUCCCAACUAUUUCAAGUGCUGUGGAACAACGUAUGGAAAAUGGGUUUUAA